CACCUGCACAUCUACUUCCUCACCUUUCUCCCAACGUAAAUCCCAAACAAUAAUUCACCAUGGCUCCUGAGCUCACCACUAAGACAACAUGCAACAAGUCAUUUUGCAAAGACUAUCUACUACUAAGUCCAAAAGACGUCGGAUUUUGGGAUCUGGUGAUGCUUUUAUUCUCCAAACAUAUUGGUAAUAGAAAAUUCAUAGACUGUCCAGAUGGAACUGUUGAAGAAAGCUUUGGAGAUCGGUUCGUUAUCUUCAUAUCCAUUCUAGCCCAAAAGGUUCUUCAUUUAGUUGAUAAACCCUUAGGUUGGCUAGGCUCGGCCAUUGAGUUUCUUCCCAACUUUUCCGAUGCCAAUGGAGGAUUUCUCAUGUUACUUUUGAAUCUCGUAUCAGGAAAACUGGUGCUACCUAAUAAAGAGUCCCCAGAGUUCUUAACAGCAAUCGGGCUAUGGGACAUACGAAGGGAUUUAGACAGCAGAAUUAAGCACGAAGAUCCGAGAUACUCUAGCGCACUCGCCAUUAUGGCUGCUAAAUCUGCCUACGAAAACCAAGCUUACAUCAAAGAGACAGUCGAGAAGCAUUGGAAGAUGGAGUUUUUGGAGUACUUUGAUUGUUGGAAUGAUUAUGAGGAGGAUUACACGACACAAGGGUUCAUGUGGAGUGAUAAGACAGGUGAAUCUGAGCUCAUAGGUAUUUCAUUCAGAGGCACAUCACCUUUCAAUGCCAAAGAUUGGUCAUCCGACGUUGAUCUUUCAUGGUACCAUCUCCCCGGUAUUGGCAAGGUCCAUGCAGGUUUCUUGAAAGCAUUAGGGCUACAAAAGAGCUUAGGGUGGUCGAAAGACAUUCAAAUAGACAACCAAAAACCCUACGCUUACUACGUGAUCAGAAAAAAACUUAAAGAACGUCUUGAAAAGAACCCAAACGCCAAGUUCAUGGUAACCGGACACAGUUUGGGAGCAGCAUUGACGAUUGUAUUUCCAGCGGUUUUAGCACACCAUGGGGAAACUGAUUUGCUAUCGAAACUUGAAGGGUUGUAUACAUUUGGGCAACCUAGGGUGGGAGAUAAACGAUUUGGUGAAUUCAUGAAAGAGGUGUUGGUAAAUCAUGGAUCGAGCUUCUACAAGGGACAAGUGCUUGCUGAAGAACCCAACAAGAACUACUUCUCGAUAUUGGCUUUUAUACCCAUGUUUGCGAAUGCAUUAUGGGAGUUAUUGAGGAGCUUCAUCAUUUAUUAUCAAAAUGGACCAGAGUACUGCGAAACCUUUGCUUGUCGAGGUUGGAGAGUGAUCGGGCUUCUGAUUGCUGGAUUACCAGCUCAUGGUCCACAAGAUUAUGUGAAUCUUACUAGACUGGGUUCGCCUGAACUCUUCAAGCUUUCAUCGCACCAAAAGUCAACCAAUGAUGUAAAAUAAAUGGUACCAAUUUGGGAUAAGGAGUUUGUGGGUAAAACCUUGCUAGAAAUACGCUUGUUAUGUAUUUUCCAGUUAUAUAUUAUAUAUAAAAAAUAAAUAUAUAUAAAAUGCAAACUCUCGCAAAAUCUAUUGCAGC